CCGCGGCACGGGGGGGCGCCGCGCAGAGACGCACUAAUCGGCCCCGUGAACCAUGGCCGGCCGGAGGUGGCCUCCCGGCUCCUGCUGCUGCUGCUGCCGCCGUAGCAGCCCCCCGUGCGCGUAGCGGGCGCGUGCGUUGGGCGCGACGCCACACCAUGGCGCUCGCCAUGACGCCCUGGAGAGACUCCGUGGACCCGGCCGACCUGGUGAUCGGCCUGCCGCCGCCGCUGCCCCCGGGUACACCGCACUCCUCAUCGUCCUCGGACAAGAACGGACAGCACGCGAACAUCGAGUGCGUCGUGUGUGGCGACAAGAGUUCGGGCAAGCACUACGGCCAGUUCACCUGCGAGGGAUGCAAGUCCUUCUUCAAGCGCAGCGUGCGCCGCAACCUGACGUACACGUGUCGCGGAAACCGAAACUGCCCGAUCGACCAACACCACCGGAACCAGUGCCAAUACUGCCGCCUCAAAAAGUGUCUCAAAAUGGGCAUGCGUCGAGAGGAUCACUCGUGGACGAAAUCCAGGGUAGCGACACCACACUGCAGGAACAGCUUCGCGUGCUCGGUACCCAUAGAAAGUGGUGCUAGGUCGUCCCUGCUAGGGCUGAUCGAAGAACAUACCGCGGCGCUAUCUGAAGCCGUGCAGCGGGGCCGGGUGCCGCCGUCGCAGCAUGGCGGCCUGCCGGGUCAGAUGUCGCUGAGCAACGGCGACGCGGCGGCUGCAGCGGCGCUCAACGGCCACUCGUACCUGUCCAGCUUCAUCUCGCUGCUGCUGCGCGCCGAGCCGUACCCCCCGAGCAGGUACGCGCAGUGCAUGCAGCCGAACAACAUCAUGGGCAUCGACAACAUCUGCGAGCUGGCUGCUAGGUUGCUCUUCAGCGCUGUCGAGUGGGCCCGCAACAUACCCUUCUUCCCGGACCUGCAGGUGACGGACCAGGUGGCGCUCUUACGGUUGGUCUGGAGCGAGCUGUUCGUGCUGAACGCGUCGCAGUGCUCUAUGCCGCUGCACGUGGCGCCCCUACUGGCGGCAGCGGGUCUUCACGCGUCGCCCAUGGCGGCGGACCGCGUGGUGGCCUUCAUGGACCACAUCCGCAUCUUCCAGGAGCAGGUCGAGAAGCUCAAGGCACUGCACGUGGACGCCGCCGAAUACAGCUGCCUCAAGGCCAUCGUGCUCUUCACCACCGGUCCAGCGUAA